GCAAAGCAGGAAAAACAAACAGGGAAAAUGCAAUGCUGAUCUCAAGCAUGUCAUUUACUAAUGAGUUAAGUGCUUGUUAUGCCAAGACACGAAGAUUCCGUGAAGUAGGAAGCAGACUGAGGUAUGAAAAUGGGAUGCACAAUGGAGGCCUCUAUUGUCCAAGUCAGAAGAAUGCCUUGAUUAAUUUAAAUGACCGUCUAGCUGCAUAUCUUGAAAAAGUAUCUAAAUUGGAAGAAUCCAAUAGGCAACUUGAGCAACAAAUCCAAAACUUAACUGAAAAGAAGGCCAAACAUGUUAAGGAUAACAGUCGAUAUGAGAAGACCAUCGCUGAACUUGAAUCUCAGGUGAAAAAAGCAAAGGUCAUCAAUGCAGAACUUUGUCUAAACAUCGAAAAUGUGAAGUUGACUGCGGGUGCUUUUAAAGAAAAGUACGAAGCUGAACGUUCCGUUCAUCAGACUAUAAGGUCAGAGGUUAAGGAUAUGAAGAAUGCAGUGCAAAACCUAGAAUCUGACAGAGCCAGACUAGAGGUAGAUGUCCGAAUUCUAAUAGAGGAGCUAAAUGGCAUCAGGAAGGACCACAAGGAGGAAUUAGAAAAGUUUCAUGCUUGCGCCAGAGGUUUUGUGAACGUGGAAAUGGACAGUCUGCAGGAAACAGACCUUACCAGAGCAUUAGAAGAGAUACGAGCAAACUACUGGGCAAUAACAGAAAGACAUUGUAGGGAUAUGGAAACAUGGUUUCUCUAUAAGUCUAAGGAAUCAAUUAUCCAGAACAGAUCAAGAACAGAGUCUCUACAAAUGCAAAAUAGAGAAGUGGCUAAAUUAAAAGGGGCGUUGCAAGAUCUGGAGAUUAAGCUGGAAGUUUUGCACAAUAUGAAAUUUACCCAGGAGGUCACACUAUCAGAAACAGAAGCUAGCUUUAACUUCCAGUUACAGAAUAUCAAGGAACUUGUGUCCAGACGAGAACAGGAACUUGCAAAGAUACGGAAAGAAAUGGAACAUCUGGUUUCUGACAGUCGAAUAUUGCACUAUCUUAAAGAUCUCCUGGAGAUGGAAAUAAAAACAUAUGGGAUGCUUAUGGAUGAAGAAGAGAUAAUCCUUGAAGAAGUAAAAUCAGAAGCAACUUAUAGAACUGCACAGCAGCUUUCAAAGUCCAAGCAAAAGUCUUCUUCAGUUAUCACAAAACAGCCACCGGUUCUUCAAGAUCUGAAAAAGGAGGACAGCAAAAUUAGCCAAAAAACUGAAGGGAAAUGAAGCAGGAAGACUGUUUUCUAUAUGCAGAGAAAUAAAGCUAUUUAUUAACAUGA